AUGGGUGUUCCCAAAUUCUUUCGAUGGCUCAGCGAGCGCUAUCCCUCGAUAUCGCAGUUGAUCGCCGAGAAUCGCAUCCCAGAAUUCGACAAUCUCUACUUCGACAUGAAUGGAAUUAUUCACAACUGCACACACAGCGAUUCAGAUUCACCCACGCACCGGAUGUCCGAAGAUCAAAUGUUCAUCGCUAUUUUCAACUACAUCGAGCAUUUAUACGGGAAGAUAAAGCCAAAGAAGCUCUUCUUCAUGGCUGUGGAUGGAGUAGCUCCGCGCGCAAAAAUGAAUCAACAGCGUGCUCGACGAUUUCGUUCUGCGCUUGAUGCCGAAGUCGCAAAGGAAAAAGCUAUCGCUCAGGGUAUCGAAAUGCCAAAGGAAGAUGCAUUUGACAGCAAUUGCAUUACCCCAGGUACCGAAUUCAUGGCUCGGUUAACCAAACAGUUGAAGUACUUCAUUAGCAAGAAGAUCUCUGAGGAUGUGGAUUGGCAAGGUGUUGAUAUUGUUCUCUCCGGUCAUGAAGUACCGGGAGAAGGCGAACACAAGAUCAUGGAAUAUAUCCGUCAGGCGAAAGCCCAGCCGGAUUAUGACCCAAACGUGCGCCAUUGCUUGUAUGGAUUGGACGCAGAUCUGAUCAUGCUGGGCCUUCUUAGCCAUGACCCGUACUUCUGUCUACUACGUGAAGAGGUCACAUUCGGACGACAGGCACAAAAGAAAUCGAAAGAGCUCGAACAUCAGAACUUCUAUUUACUGCAUCUUUGCAUUGUCCGGGAGUAUCUGGAAUUGGAGUUUCAGGAACUGAAGGCUAUCAAAGAUUCUAGCAUUGAUUUUGACAUGGAACGUAUCAUUGACGAUUUUAUACUUAUGGCGUUUUUCGUUGGGAAUGACUUUCUACCAAACUUACCGCACAUGCAUAUCAACGAAGGGGCACUCGCAUUGAUGUUCACCAAGUACAAAGAGGCGCUUCCAAAGAUGGGUGGUUAUAUUAACGAGUAUGGAACCAUUAAUUUGCAACGGCUAGGUAUUCUUCUCGAUCAUCUCUCUGAAUUUGAGUUUCGCUUUUUCGAAGCCGAGUACUCGGACGCGAAAUGGAUCCGUUCGAAGUCUUCGAACAGUGACGCAACGGAGUCGAAUGACAGCCAGAAAUCGUUUACGAUAACCCCCUCACAGAAGAAGCUUCUCAAAGACAUCAAGCAAUAUGUUUUGAAUCGACCGUCUAAUAUUCAGCAUGCUAAGCCGUUGGAUCUUUCACCAACCCUUCCCGCGCGAGACCGAAAAUUCGUCGAACAACUUGCAGAUGACCUACGACUAAUGUGGACGACGAUAACAGACGACCAUGGCGAACGAUUCAUCAGACUUCAACUUCCAGGCUCUACCCUUGCCAAUGGAGGGGAAGGUGACGCCGAGGAAUCCGAAGAAUCCGAGGAUGAAGAAGCUUCUAUGGCGCUCCGACGAGUGAUCAAAAGAUAUGAGAAUGCAAAGGUUUACGAGCAAACUGCAGAAGAGGCUCAGAUGGCUGCCGAGCAGAAGUAUGAGAAGAAGUUCCAGGAAUGGAAAAACAAAUAUUAUAUGGAGAAGUUUGGUCAUGGUCUGGAAGACGAAGCAGCAAUGACCAAGUUGACGGAGAACUACGUGCAAGGACUUCAGUGGGUGUUAUUCUACUACUAUCGUGGCGUUGUGUCCUGGCCGUGGUACUUCCAAUAUCACUAUGCGCCCAUGAUUUCUGACGUGAAAAAGGGUCUUGGUGCAAAUAUCGAUUUCAAACUAGGACAACCAUUCCGUCCAUUCCAACAGCUUAUGGGCGUGCUACCUGAUCGUAGCAAAAAGAUCGUCCCCCCUGCUUAUUGGGACCUUAUGACAUCUCCAGACUCGCCUAUUAUCGACUUCUAUCCCCGUGACUUUGAGCUCGAUAUGAAUGGCAAGAAAAUGGAAUGGGAGGCCGUCGUCAAAAUUCCUUUUAUUGACGAGAAACGUUUGCUCCCUGCUAUGGCCUCUCGUGAGCAUCUUCUAACUCCAGAGGAGAGAGGACGGAACGAAUUUGGUGUCACGCUGAAGUUCACGUACUCUCCAUCUAUUGAAUUUGUCUAUCCAUCCCCUCUCCCUGGAAUCUUCCCGGAUAUUCCCAGGUGCCACUGCAUCGAAAACAUAUACGAACUCCCAACUAUGGACGGACUUGAACAUUAUGUUGGACUCGUCGAUGGUGUUAAGCUUGGCGCUGCGGCUUUGGCAGGAUUCCCAACUCUAAAGACACUACCACAUGCCGGGCAACUGGCAUUCCAUGGCGUUAAUGUUUUCCAGCAGGACAGUCGUAAGGAGAGUAUGGUCAUUACACUACUUGGGCCAGAAGCCAGAUCCAAUAUUGAGUUAGCGAAAGCGAAGCUUGGAAAACGCGUCUACGUCGGCUAUCCUUUUCUCCAGGAAGCCCUUGUGGACCGAGUGUCGGAUGAGUUAUUUGAUUACGUCUUGCCGGAAGGAGAGCAACAUAUUGUUGCGAUACCACAUUCUCCACCCCAAAUAGAGCAGUGGGCUAGGAAGUCAGACAGAAUCGAAGGAUACUAUAGCAAACGCCUCGGAAUGAUUAUCGGCCCUGUUGAAUCAGUCAUCCAUGUUCAAUUGCUCAAAGGUCUGAGAAAAACUGACGACGGUGCGACAAUUAAGGAAUUUGCGGAUAUUCCUGGGCAAGAGACAGAUCAUGCUCUACAGCUUAUCGUUGAUAGCAUUAUCAGUGAAGACGAACGGUUCCUUGAAAGAGAGGCGCUCCCCAUUGAGGAGGAAUUCCCCGAAGGGUCGAAGGCUUUCUUCUUGGGAGAGUUCAACUAUGGAACAGCAGUGCAGGUCACUUCACAUGAAGAUGGGAAGAUCACUGGUAUGAUGGCAGCGGUCAAGGGUAAGGAGCCCGAAUUUGGUAAACGACAUGUUAGGGAGGCAGAGAAACUCUCGCCUUAUACGCCAUCGUUUGCUAUCGCAAGGAACCUCCACUUGAACGCUCUCGUUUUAGCAAAGAUCACCUCGUCAUUCUCCGUGACAAUUGAUGGCCAAAGAGCUAAUCUUGGUCUCAAUCUGAAAUUCGAAGCUCGCAAACUGAAAGUCUUGGGCUACUCCCGCCGAGGAGACAGCGGCUGGGAAUUUAGUAAUAAGGCGAUUGACCUCAUUCAGCAAUACAUGAUCAAAUUUCCAGAAUUUAUUGCCGGGAUUCAGAGGAAUCCACAAGGUGAUAUAUACGAGCCUACAGACUUCUACCCCGAGGAGAUUGCGAUGAGUAAAAUGAAGGAGAUCAAAGCUUGGUUGAAAUCUGUCGAGUCUAAACAUCUGGAGAAAGUCCCUCUUGAUGCUGAGCAACUCGAUUCUGACGUUGUGAAACGUAUCGAGCUUGAUGCGGAUCGCAUAGCUCAAGUACAAUCUGCACAUGAAAUCAAGCGAAUCAAAGGCGUCCCGCGACAAGCACUGUUGAAGCCGGCUGAUGUUGAGCACCGACUUGGAAAUCAACGAUUUUCUCUUGGAGAUCGCGUUGUCUAUGUUCAGGAGUCUGGAAAGGUUCCUCUUGCUUAUCGAGGUACCGUGGUUGGCGUCACUCGCACUCCUCGAACAGUCUUUCUUGAUGUUGUGUUCGAUGCACCAUUUAUGAGCGGAACAACACUGGGUGAUCGUUGCUCUCCGUUCCGAGGGCAGACUGUUCCCGUAUUCUCUAUUCUCAACCUAACCGAUCGACAACUCGUGGCUGGAUCGCGGGCUGCAAAUACGAGGGCAGCACAGAACACACCAGCAAAUAUAGGCUAUGGAUCACCUCUGGGACCAGGCGGGCUAGGCCAGUUAAGGGAUGCUCUUCCCCCUGCUCCUCUACGGGGAUCGUAUCGCGGUGCCAUCUCUGGACAGUCCAAUGGACGUGGGGCACAUAUCUCGCGGGGUGGUCGUGGUGGCAUCACCACGAAACCCAGUCAUGCUAAUGGUGAUGCAAAUGGCUUGCAAAAUGGCCAUAACUUUCGUGGGACGAGAGGGCGAGGACGUGGUGGCGCUCCCCGUGGACAGCAUCACACUCGAGGAGGUUAUACCUCUGUGGAGAAUGGUCAUCAAGACGAAGGAGUGAUUAAAAACAACCCUAACUUUCGACCGAAAAGCUACAACAAUGUGCCUCCCCCUGCAGGCUUAAAUAACGGAACUGGACGGGGAAGGCCCAACGGGGCUCGUGGAGGAAAUUCUCAUGGUGGUGGUCGGGGCACAGGCUUGGCCAGAGGGAGAAAGCCUGCAGCAGCCACCCAGUAGAUUCUGCGAGGAAUUUUGCGCGAGGUUCUACGCUUGGGUAAUGGUUAUGGCAAUGUAAUUUUUUCGUUGUAUUGGAUGCUGAAUGGUGAAACACGAACUGUCAGUCUUGUAUCCUCUGUAUCAUGGAUGGUGGUUCCGAAUAAUUAGAAAUGAAUAAACAGGCUAGUACAGGUAGUAACUGCUGUGACCUAGCAUUUGCGCAGUACUC